AUGAGAGAAAAAUAUAAACCAAUCACAAAAUCAAGAGCUGAAGAGCUACAUAAGCCAUCAACUAAGCAGCAAAACCUACCUUUUUCGUUUUUAAUAAAUCCACUUGAUGACGAUGCGGUCUCAACCAACAGCUCUUAUCAAGCUUUGCUGACACAAGAAAAUACCAUAGAAAAUGCUAAUAGCACAAAAUCGAACUCCAGUUUUUCCUUACUCACCUUUUAAGUUGGAGCAAAACUAAAUUAAAAUUCAAAUCUUAUGCUCAAUUUAAGAAUUUUAAAAAAUAAGUUUAAAGAUGAAAAUACUAUUUUGAUAAAAUUAGUUUUGACCUAAUUUAAUGGAAAAAGUGCAAUAGAAUGCUAUUUAAACAGUAUUCACACUGAAUCGAUUAUUUUUUUAAAUUAUUUCUAUAUAAAAAUAAAUUAAAAUAUAAAUUAUUCUGCCUCAAAAUAUAUUUUUAUUUAAGAUUUUAAAAAAUUUAUUAUAGAGAAAAAUUUGUUCCAAUUUAAAUUGGAGGGAGCUAGAGCUCUCAAAAAUACCCUCACUAACCUCAAUCAAAGACAAAAACCCACUAAAAAAUCAAAGGCUCUCACCAAAGGUCCAAGGAUCCAGAAAAGACAAUGGCCUUCCAUUCCAACGCAAAGCCCGCAGCAUAUCUCCAUUGCGAGAAUCCCUCACAAUUUCCAAGAAAAACAACCAUUUGCUAUUUCCUAAAGGCGGUCCAGUCACACCAAUAGGAAGUGAGGAAUGGGAAGAUGGGUUUUCCGGAAUCGAUAAAAGAGAAAGAAACUCCACAAAAAACGAAGAAGAUGAAGACUUAGAAGCUAUAAAAGCUAUAGACCUUUUCCUUGAAUUUUCCAUUAAAAAUUCCAAUCUAUUUUAUUAGACAAAAAUUUAAUAAAAAUCCCUAUAGAUAUUUGCAAAUGCUCGAAGAAUCCUAUAAGCCAACAGAUAGAUAUGAAGAAGACACUGAAGAAUUCGACAUAGGAAAUAUCAUGAAGAAAACUAAGGUAAAUUUUGUAUUUGUUUAA